CGUCAUCACGUUGCUAAAACGAAAGAUGGCUGCGCCCAUGGAGCGUGUUAUUAAACAGCAAACUGAACGUUCAACGUUCAAAACCACUAGUUUUCAGAAGAAAACAAGGAGCAAGUUACUCUCCAUACCAGGCACCAGACCUUCUGUUCAGAAUGGACAGCUGUUAGUUUCCUCCGGUGUCACGUCGCUUGACUUUCUGCUCGGUGGGGGCUUAGCUGUCGGAACAGUUCUUCUAAUAGAGGAGGACAGAUACGAUAGCUACUCCCGUGUGAUCCUAAAAUACUUCCUGGCUGAGGGAGUUGUGUGUCGACAUCGACUGUUCGUGGCAGCAGCCCAAGAGAAUCCUGAUGACAUCUUACAGGAACUCCCUGCUCCCAUCUUGGACGAUGUUGCCAUACCCAAACCAGUGGAGCAGCCGCGGCUCCCCUGUGAAUCGCAAGAGAGUUUGGAUUCCAUGAAAAUCGCUUGGCGCUAUCAGAAUCUCCCUAAAGUACAGACUGCACUGGUUUCCUCAUCCCGGUUCGGCCACUAUUAUGACGUCUCUAAGACGAUGGAGCCAGAAAUUCGCCAGGCAGCAAAGUCCCACUGCUUCUACCUUCCUGAUCAUCCCCAGAAGACUUCAAAUACACACAGUCAAUUUCUUGGGCCCUACUCUGCGUUGUUGAAAUCACUCCAAGAGGUCAUUCGACAGGAGGGCUUUGAAGUAGCAGCCUCCAUGUCUAAUUCACAGAAUCCGAACGUCCUGCGCAUUGGGCUCCAUUCUCUCGGCUCGGCUCUCUGGGGUGAUGACCUUUGCUGCAGUGACAGCCCUGAACACCGCCACUCGCUCGUGACCUUUCUCUAUGGCCUGCGGGCAUUGCUGAGGUCAUCACUGGCAGUAGCUGUGAUUACUCUACCUUCACACCUGAUCCAGGACAGAGCUCUAAUGGGAAACAUUACCAGGUUAUCUGACUAUUCCAUUGCACUGGAGUCAUUCAAAGGCUCAGAAAGAGAGACCAACCCGCUCUACAGAGAUUACCAUGGGCUGUUACAUGUGCGUCAAGUACCUCACUUGAACUGUCUGGCCAGUCAGCUGCCUGACCACAAGGACCUGGCCUUCAAGCUGAAGAGGAAACAGUUCAGUAUAGAGAGACUACAUUUACCUGCGGACUUGUCCGAGACAGUCAGUCGUGUGAGUCGGGGGGAGUUACCAGGAGCAAACGCCGUGGCUUCAGCCUGUGGAUCUGCCACCUCCGGCAACAAACACCUGGACUUUUAGAGCUCACAGACAGAACAACCCCUGAGAGCAACCGACCCCAGGAACACAGUUGCUUUGCCUCCACCACUUCCAGGAAAACCAUCAAUUGUGAUUAUUUGUGAUUACACAAUUAAUCAUGAUUAAUCUGUAUUAACAGAGUAAAAAGUAUAAAAAAAAAAAAGUAUAACUCUAAA